GGGGGAGCGUGCCAGCGAAGGGAGGUGUCCUCCGGUCCGGGGCCAGGAGCGGAGCUGGCGCGGCACGGUCCGGGUCUCCGAGGCGGUCUCCGGUCCGCGGACAGCAGCUGACGCAGCGCUUCAUUCCUCGAGAAAGAGCCCGAAGCGAGAGGACACCUGGACGGAUGCUUCUCUGUGGCCACGCGUCUUUCCCUCUUUGGACAUUUCUGCAUCUUCUUCAUCCUCCUGGGCUUCCGAUCCUUGUUGGCCACCGGCAAGAAACUGUGGGACUUUUUCAUUCUUUUUUUUCUUCUCAAAAAUUAAACUGAAGCGCGAGAGUGUCGGUGGAUAAAGACGGAUAAAGACAUCUAUUGACUAAUCUAAUCCACAUCUAAGUGAACAUUAUGUGAAGAAUAAAGCUGUGGAAAUGCGUCGCAAACGCUCCUGUCUGCUCGGGGUGUGUUCCAUCAUGAGCCUUCUGACCUCCGGCUCCCUGGCAGAUCUGACGUGUGAAGCCUUGCUCAUGCUGUCGGGAAACGUCUCCUUACAGUUGCUGGCUUCCUCCUGGAACCAGACCCUGAGCAACGCCACAGGUCAGUGGAGUGGCUCCGGACCGUACUGCAACACCUCCGUCGAUGGCAUCGGGACCUGCUGGCCCAAGAGCGGCGCCGGUCACAUGGUGUCACGACCAUGUCCGGAGAUGUUCUACGGCGUUCGAUACAACACCACCAAUAAUGUUUACAGGAAAUGUCUUGCAAACGGGACGUGGGCGCUGAAGGGGAACUACUCCAUGUGUAAAGCCAUUCUUCACGCAGAGAAGAAAGGCAAGAUGCACUACCAGAUCGCCUUGAUCAUCAACUUCCUGGGUCACUUCAUCUCCUUGGUGGCACUGCUCAUCGCCUUCUUCCUCUUCCUUUGUCUGAGGAGCAUUCGCUGCCUGAGAAACAUCAUCCACUGGAACCUCAUCACCGCCUUCAUCCUGAGGAACGCCACCUGGUUCAUCGUCCAGAUGACCAUGAGCCCCGAGGUGCACGAAAGCAACGUGGUUUGGUGCCGUCUCGUCACCGCCUCCUUCAACUACUUCCACUCCACCAACUUCUUCUGGAUGUUCGGCGAGGGCUGCUACCUCCACACGGCCAUCGUCCUCACCUACUCCACCGACAAGCUGCGCAAGUGGAUGUUCAUCUGCAUCGGCUGGUGUAUACCGUUCCCCAUCAUUGUGGCCUGGGCCAUCGGGAAGCUGUACUACGACAACGAGAAGUGCUGGUUUGGGAAGCAGGCCGGCGUCUACACCGACUACAUCUACCAGGGCCCCAUGAUUCUCGUCUUAGUGAUCAACUUCAUUUUCCUCUUCAACAUUGUGAGAAUCCUUAUGACCAAACUGCGUGCUUCUACCACGUCGGAGACGAUCCAGUACAGGAAGGCCGUGAAGGCCACUCUGGUUCUGCUUCCUCUGCUGGGGAUCACCUACAUGCUCUUCUUCGUCAACCCGGGGGAAGACGAGAUCUCUCAAAUCGUCUUCAUUUAUUUCAACUCGUUUUUGGAGUCCUUCCAGGGCUUCUUUGUGUCCGUGUUUUACUGCUUCCUAAACAGCGAGGUGCGGUCGGCGGCGAGGAAGCGGUUCCACCGCUGGCAGGAGCAGCACUCCAUCCGGAACCGGAUGACCCAGGCCAUGUCCAUCCCCACCUCCCCCUCCCGGGUCAGCUUUCACAGCAUCAAGCAGUCCACAUCGCUAUGAAGGGGGAGGAGGAGGCUGGCGUUGUCCUUGAUACCCCCCCCCCCCCCCCCCUCCUUUUGCUGUCCUCAUGCUUUUCACUGGAACGCUGUGUGAGGCUGCAUCAGCCUCACAAACCUCAGGAGGAGAAGCCGGAUGAGGACGGGGGACAAGGACACUGCGGCGGGUCAGACUCUCUCUCUCUCUCUCUCUUUUCGGAUGAUCUUACAUCAGUGAGAACGUUGGAGCACAGCUGGACUGAACUGGAUUCACUGGACGCAGCCAAUAAGGAACGAAGCUUCAUGUUGGUGGUUUUCUGCUCUGUUCUGGAUGUCAUGUUGAUUUGAUGUUGUGUUGCAUUCCUCUGUCCUCAGACAGCUUCCAUCGACUGUCCACAAAGACACAUUCCACCGCUUCUACCAAAAUAACCCCCCAUGACAUAAGGACAAAGCCCAUGAGGGGUUAGUUAGUAGAGGUCCAGUCACAUGACGUAAAAUGUGACCGAGUGGGUCUCGACCAUCUCGUCCAACGUUUAUUAACCAGGUAACGGAUUGGUUUGACAAACAAACACAACUCUUCAGUUGAAUUAAGGCUUACUGUUGUCUGGCUGUGGAAUCUUACCAGGGCGUCGUUCCUCCUACGUGGUUCACCGAGUUCGACCCAAUGUCCUACUGGCCCGCGUAAAUGACCCCCAUGGUGGACCAGUCAUCGGGUUAGUCCUACAAAGGCAAACGAACCCAAAGGCAGAGCGUCUGUUUUCCUCAGGAGAUGAUCAAGACCACAGUGUGUGUAUUUCAAUCAUUUCCAUCAGAUUAGUGAACGCAUUGUACAUCCAUCGCAGUGGGGAGAGGGAUCCUCCUCUGUCUCUCUCUCUAAAGGCUUCUUCCCUUUUUUUCAUUUUGUGGGGAGAGAAUGUCAAAUUGACAGAGAAUGUCACAUGUGUACAGACCUCUGAGGCAGAAAAUAAAAUGAAAUGAAUUGAACAGAAUCUUCGAGGCAAAAUGUAACAUCGCCACCACUGCGUAUCGCAGACAUGAUAAAUGCUUAGUUAUUGGAAGCAUGUAAAGGCUGAUUUCCCAAUCAAUCCGAUUAUAUUUCUUUAAAGGUGCCUGCUGGCAGCAGCGUUCAUGGAAUUCAUCAACAAGUAGAUAGAAACAAUCCCUGAAGAGUAUCUGAUUGAUGAGGAUAAAUGUACCGUAUGCACUUAUGUAUAAUAUAUAUCUGUGGAUUACCACAUAGAACCAGGAUGUGUGUGUGUGUGUGUGUGAAUGUGUGUGUGAGCCGCUCACAUUGAAGCAGUGAAACAUGGAACAUCCAGAUGUUUCUAUAGCGUCGUAUUCACUUUAUGAAGCACAUGCAGCGUCCUCUGCAUCGCCCACACUGUACAGCAGCGUCUGAGGGACAGUGUGAGGGACAGUGUUCACCAUGUCACAUGUUCACCAUGUCACGUGUUCACCAUGUCACGUGUUCACCAUGUCACGUGUUCACCAUGUCACGUGUUCACCAUGUCACAUGUUCACCAAAUGAAGGAUUCGGUCGUCAGCAUCGACAGGAAGUCGUCGUGAUGUCAUAACAGACCUCGGAGAACUCAGCGUGUUUAGCUUCUAACUCGUGUCGCUCACCGAUGGGAUCUCUGAGGCACCAGAGCAGGGUCAAGUUUAUGGAUGCGUUGCUAUGGUGAUUUUUGCCAAACUUGCUUUGUGGAAUGGAAGAGCCUGAAAAUGAUCCGAUCGGUGUUUCACGUACGAGGAACGGGAACCAGGUGACUUCCUGCCUCCUGAAGCUCGAGCAGUUUACUGAUCUAUACAAUUAUAAUUGUAAAUAUAUAUAAAUAUAUAAGCGGCGCAGGGUUAAAGUCACAAAUGUGAACCAAAAAACACCAACCACAUACUGUGAAUCACAGCAGCAUAUUAUCCAUAGAUAUAUAUCCAUCCAUAGAAUCCAUCAGCAGUCCACAUUCCCCCUGCAGAGCACCUUUUAUUACCUGCUGGUUACUGUCAAGCUGUGUAUGAAUCCAACUCUUUGUUUGAUCCCCUUUGCAGUGACGUGCGUACACAGGCCUUUAAGUUAAAGAAAUGAUGAUUACGGAGCACGAGGGGAGGAGAAUAUUCAGAGGUCAGAACCAGAGAUUAAAGUGAGGCAGUUAUUAUUUGAGGAAAAAUGACUGAAAUAUUCUCUUAGAUUAUAAAGAAAACAAAAACCCACUGAGAUCAAGGUAAAAAAGCUCUUUCAACUCUCUAUUCAAAUUAUAUUAUAAUAUUCUCUUGGAUCAAAGUUUUUCUUCCUCAUAACAUUAACCCCGUCCCGUGCUGUAUUUUAUUUACCCACAAAGACCUCAGUACGCAGUCAUGUGACUUGUGUUUAAGUCAUUGAUGACAGGUUGUGUCAGCUGGUGUUUCAUCAGCGAUUCAUCAGUGAUUUCAGCUUUUUGGGGUUAAAAUGACGUAAUGACUUAUAAUCAACUCUCAUGUUGAUGUUUUUCUUAUUGUACUAACAGAAAAACAUCUGUAAAACCCAGACACCAAAUGUAGGAUUUAACCGUCACUGACCCUCCAUCAUCAUUUUUAAUCCAGAGUGAGUCUCUUUUGGUCUCUUUUAGUCAGGUUGAACACACGUUGUGAACUUUUCCAACAGACCAGAAGCAUCGAAGAACCUUCGUCCUCAGAUUACGGACUUUUGAACGCUCUUCUGCAAUGUAGAAUAAAGAAAGCAUCAGAGGGACACGCAUCCGCUACGUUUGGUGACCAAAUCACGAUGUAAUUCACCUUAUUAUUUAUUAUUUAUUUUCAAUAUUGUUAUUUUCAUACUACAGAUGUGAAGAAAGAAUAAACUGUGUGUCUCAUUCGACCGAAUGAAAAAUGCA